AUGCCUCUUCAGAAGUCUUAUUCUGAGCAUCUUGGAUACUCCAGACAGCGCUCGACAUGGCAACGAUCUCGAAGCGGCCCGUCUAACCCUCAAACGCCCAGCUCUAGGCCUCUUCAACCCAUAUCGGACACGACCAAGAAAAAGCUAAACAAAUUCGUCUACCAGUCGGAGAAGGAAGAUGCGAGCAGUGCUGGUAGAACGGACUCGCCAGUUGAGAGGCAAUUGCCUUCCGAAGAGGCUGGGAAUGGGAGCUUCGUCACACCCAAGCCUCGGCUCAGCUGGAAAGAUUUCGUGAAUCCCACCGGUUCGCCAGAAGAAGAAGCAGAGACGUCCCCGAAUGAUCGAUUGAUGUGGGAUAACCGACUGGAGAGCGCCAAGAAACCGUCGCCCAUGUCACGACGGAAAAAACGUGCUAGAAGCUCAUCACCGGUCUCAUCACCCUCUUUCGAUAAAACACCGGCUGUGAACGUCAAGAAGCUCAAGGAAGCUCUGAAGUCUCCCCACGCGGACCCGACACUGGAACUGUGGGAUAGGUAUUCGCUGAACAAAAGCGAGAGCCCAAGCACCUCUGCGAUUGGAGCUAUGAACCCUACGCUGGCGCAGCUGAUGAUAUCAUCCUCUCCACGACCAUCUACUGGACCCCGGCGAGGCGAAGGCAGCUUGCGGCGGUCCAUGAGCCACGGCCUGCAGUGCCCGAAGAGGAGGAAAGUGGAGAAUUCUAGAUCAUUCAACGUCGCUGGCGACGAACAACGAGAAAUGGAAGCAGCCUCGAAAUAUUCCAUGGUGUCAGCCUUGUUGGACACGGUCUCUGGUAGUAUGCAGGACCGCAGCUCACCGGACAACGAACGCCAGGUACCGGACUCGCCAUCUCCAUCGAAAAGACCGACAUCUGCCAGGCAAGACAAGUCACCCUCCCGAUCGAAACAGAGUAACUUUGAGACGGAAGAUGCCUCGGACUAUGGCGAUGACGACUUUGACGAAGAUACGUUUUUGGAGCUGGAAGCUACAAUAACUGCCACCCAGGCUUUGAAAGCAGACAAGGCUCCGGAAAUCCCCAUUAGUGGAACAGAUGCAACCGACGAAUUUGGCGAUUUAGAUGACGAUGUAUUCGAAGAGGCCGCAAAUCUUGUCCCGGCCUUGUCACAGAAAAAUCCGCAAAACGACCAUAAGGCAAUUGUACCACAGCCCGGGAGCGUUGCGCCAGGAGCAAAUGCGAAUAUUGAAGAAUUCGACGACGAAGAGUUCGGAGAUCUGGACGACGACCUUGAUUUCGAUGCGAUCGAACUAGCAGCUACCCAGUCUGUCAACCAAAGCACACAGCCAAAGAACCCAGCUCGUGGACUCAUAACACCAACCGGUGGAAAAUCCAAGACUAUACAGCGAUAUUUAGUGACGAAAGUUUUAGAUGGGGAGUUCGUCGAUGACAGCGGAACCACCCAGAUCGAAAAGGUUCUGCUGAUUAAGGCGGAAAAUUCGAAGAUAUAUCGAACCGUGCUCUUGCGAGGUAGCUGGUACGACACGCCUGUUCAUGCCGAAGCCUACGUCCAUAUAAUUGGACAGUUCUCAGAAAAGGGCCAAUGCAUUAUCGAUGACCUCCAGAACCUUCUCAUUUUACACCCUGACCAGCUUAUUUCUUCCACGGUUGUUGCAGACUCGUAUGGAUGUAUGAGACGUGCUGUUCUUCAGGACAGAGUCAAAGCAACUAGCGAACCAUCUCCACCCUUGGUUUAUGGCACACUCCUUCACGAAAUCUUUCAGGCAGCUCUGUUGGCAAAUCAGUGGAGCCGAAGCUUUCUCUCAAAAACCAUCGAAACUGUCAUGGAGAAGCAUGUGGAAGAUUUGUAUACGAUAAAAGUUAGCAUGGCAGUAGCACGAGAACAUCUGGAGUCUAAGAUGGCCGGGCUCGCAUCUUGGGCAUCGAGUUUUGUUUCGUCCCAACCCAAUGUUGAUGCUCUUGUCGAGGAUCGUCGCGGAAGCAAGGCGCAAAUGGCGUUAACUAAGCUCCUCGAUGUUGAAGAACAUGUUUGGUCUCCAAUGUAUGGGCUUAAAGGUAACAUCGAUGCUACCGUUGAAGUGAAAAUCCAGGACGGACCGAAACAGCGAACCCUGACGGUUCCCUUUGAGCUCAAAACAGGCAGGAACUCGAACUCGAAUCACAUGAUUCAAACGUCACUCUAUACGAUGCUGCUCUCAGAUCGUUACGACAUCGACAUCGCUUGUGGUAUUCUUUAUUAUAUGGAAACGUCAAAAACACUCCGGAUCCCUGCAAUUGCUCACGAGCUACGCCAUAUGGUGAUGCAACGCAACGAACUUGCGUGCCAUAUUCGAGAGCGAAGCAUCCAGCUUCCGACAAUGUUAAAGAAUAAGCGGAUGUGUGGAAAUUGCUAUGCUAAAACAUCUUGCUUUAUUUACCAUCGAUUAGCAGACGAUGGAGACGGCAAGACUAGCGGUAUGGAUCAGAAAUUUGAUGAAGUGGUGAAACAUCUCUCGACACGGCAUCAAGAAUUCUUUAUCAAAUGGGACAAUCUCAUCACCAAAGAGGAGAAGGAAAGCCAGAAAAUGAAACGAGAGCUCUGGACGAUGACGAGCGCGGAACGAGAGAAAAAGUCACGUUGCUUCUCUGAUGUUAUCAUCGAACCAGGGUCAGCAUCCAUCGAUGCUGAUAUCCCGCGCAUCAAUAGGUUUCACUACACCUUCAUCAAAAGGGAGCAUGUGCCUGGCUUCUCCUUCCUUGAAUCAGAGCUCAGUACUGGAGAGCCAGUGGUCGUGUCUGAUGAAGAGGGUCACUUUGCCCUGGCAAUUGGUUACAUCACGGCUGUUCGAAAAGACAGAGUUAGUGUCGCUGUCGAUAGACGUUUGCACAACGCUCGGAUUCGACAACCUGGUUUUGAUGAGGUCGACAAUCAAGUCUUUGCCGGGAUUAUGGAGGCACAACUGGGACCUAGUUCUCAAGGAGAGGCCCGCGGGAAAGAUGAAGUUCCAUCAAUCCGAUAUCGAUUGGACCAAGAUGAAUUCAGCAACGGCAUGGCAACCGUCAGGAACAAUCUUGUACAGAUGAUGGCCGAUGACAUCCCUCACUCGAGAAGAAUGCGCCAGGUUAUUGUCGACAUGGAACCACCCCGAUUCAAGCCUGUCGCAACCCAGUACACCGUCACCGAUGGAGACAGCUUGAAUGUGGACCAAAAACAAGCCAUCGAGAAAGUCAUGAGUGCGCAAGAUUACGCCCUGGUAUUGGGCAUGCCUGGCACGGGCAAGACGACAACUAUCGCCCACAUCAUCCGAGCACUCACAUCCCAAGGGAAAAGCGUCCUUCUCACAUCACACACACACACCGCGGUUGACAAUAUUCUUCUCAAGCUCAAGUCGGACAAUACCCCUAUUCUGAGGUUGGGUGUUCCUAGUAAGGUGCACCCCGAGGUAAAGGAGUUUGCCACUUUGGCUGGCCUGCCAAUGAAGUCGUAUGAGCAGAUCAAGGAAGCAUGGCACGAAUCUCCAAUUGUCGCUACAACUUGUCUGGGGAUCAACCACCCCGUUUUCCACGAGCGCUCAUUUGAUUACUGUAUUGUGGAUGAAGCAUCUCAAAUUACAUUACCCAUCUGUGCGGGACCUAUCAGAAUGGCACGUACAUUUGUUCUUGUUGGUGAUCACAACCAACUACCGCCUGUGGUGAAAAAUGAAGAAGCACGAGAAGGCGGCUUGGAUGUGAGCCUUUUCAAACUUCUGUCCGACGCACACCCUGAAUCCGUGGUUAAUCUCGAGCAUCAGUACCGCAUGUGCGAGGACAUUAUGACUCUGAGCAAUACAUUGAUCUAUGACGGGCGGCUACGCUGCGGCACAGAAUCUCUCCGCAAGCGCAAACUAGACAUACCAAGAAUGGAAGGGCUGAAGUUGAAGCAUUUUGACUCGGCAUCUCUACGUCUGGCUGGGACGCCACGAUCCAUAUGUACGGGACCUGUUCCUGGUCGCUGCUGGCUUUCGGAUGUUCUAGAUAGCGAAGCUCGUGUGCGGUUCCUUGAUACUGAUACAAUCCAGCCGCUGGUUCGAGAGGAGGCCCAAGGCAAGCGUAUUGUCAACUCGGCCGAAUGCCGCGUCGUAUCUCAACUCGUUGAUAGUCUCCUCUCUAUUGGUAUACCUAGCAACGAGAUUGGAGUAAUGACGCAUUAUCGAGCUCAAUUGUUCAUGCUCAAGGAUCAGCUUCGAGGAUUCCACGGUGUCGAAAUGCACACUACGGACCGAUUCCAAGGUCGUGACAAAGAAGUCAUUGUUCUAAGUCUUGUGCGAAGCAACGAUGCUUGCAAUAUUGGCGACCUUCUCAAAGAUUGGCGGCGUAUUAAUGUCGCAUUUACACGUGCGAAGACGAAGCUUCUGGUGGUGGGAAGCAUGAGCACCUUAAAAGGAAGUGGCCAGGAGAAUAUGCUUAGCAGGUUCAUCUCGCUCAUGGAAGACCAUGACUGGAUUUACCACCUCCCCGCCGAAGCCCUGGUGAACCAUCACUUUGAAGAGUUUGGAACGCAGAUUACAGCAAGCGGGCUGACACAACGAAACGGCCCAUCGCCCAUGAAACCUAAAAAGUCACCAAAGAAAAUUGUAGGAGGUCUAAAGGGAAAGGAGAAUAUGAGACCCUCGCCAAAGAAGGCGAAGAUUGGCGAACGGCUGAUGAAAACGAAGCCCAUUAUUCGGGACAUAUUAAACGAGAUGACGAACGGCGCAUAUUAA